AUGGCGCGCUCAGCAACAGAUGCAACGAGAUUUACAUCGACCACUCCACACGCUGCUACAAAACCAAAGCCCGUAUCGAGAAAUCCAGGUCCACCGGGAGAAACACCACAACAAAGAGUCAAGAGGUUAAGAGCUGCGGCAGAUAAAGCUAGAGAUGCACAAAUUUCGACCUUUGACAAGUUGAUUAUGAGGGGAAGAGUGUGGGCGGAUAAGGCGCAUAGGUUUACAGCUUUUAGUUUGAUCGGACUUACUUUUAUUGCCGGUGGCGUCACAGUUUAUGCAUUGGGAGAUAUGAUGAUAUAUAAUCGCAAAAAACGCGCUGAGUUCUACGCCGAACAGAAAUUUCAAUAUGCCAUGGCUCUUGAGAGCGCACAAAAGGCCGCAGCAUUUGGCACUGCAACAGAAUCACAGCUAGAGUUUUUGGAUAGAGAAAAGGAACGGGAAGAAAGGGUGAAAAUCGCCGAAGAAGCCAAAAAGAAGUCAGGGCCAUGGAAGAAGAGCAAGGAAUGGCUAUUUUCAGGCUUAAAGAAGGAGGAGGGAGGAGAUAAUGUGGGCACUAGUGAGAGAAGAUUGGGAUAUGAGGCACUGAGUGAAGAGGAUGAUAGCCUUGGUGAGAGGGAGAGCGAUGUUUUAAGGGCGAUUGAAGGGAAGAAAAUGGCAAUACAAGAUAAAGCGAAGUCCGUUUUUGAGGCGGAGAAGGAAAGACAAAGAAGAGGUGGCCCCCUGGAUAGGAUAGGGACUGAAGCGGAGGAGGAAAAGCCGAAAUCUGGUGGUUGGACAUCAUUCAUGAUAAGGAGGUGA